AUGGCAACUCGUCCACGCCAGGAGACUAUGGCAGCUCGUCCACGCCAGGAGACUAUAGCAGCUCGAGACUAUGGCAGCUCGUCCACACCAGGAGACUAUGGCAGCUCGUCCACGCCAGGAGACUAUGGCAGCUCGUCCACGCCAGAAGACUAUGGCAGCUCGUCCACGCCAGGAGACUAUGGCAGCUCGUCCACGCCAGGAGACUAUGGAGACUAUAGCAACUCGUCCACGCCAGGAGACUAUAGCAACUCGUCCACGCCAGGAGACUAUAGCAGCUCGUCCACGCCAGGAGACUAUGGCAGCUCGUCCACGCCAGGAGACUAUGGCAGCUCGUCCACGCCAGGAGACUAUAGCAACUCGUCCACGCCAGAAGACUAUGGCAGCUCGUCCACGCCAGGAGACUAUGGCAGCUCGUCCACGCCAGAAGACUAUGGCAGCUCGACCACGCCAGAAGACUAUAGCAACUCGUCCACGCCAGGAGACUAUGGCAGCUCGUCCACGCCAGGAGACUAUGGCAACUCGUCCACGCCAGGAGACUAUAGCAACUCGUCCACGCCAGGAGACUAUGGCAACUCGACCACGCCAGAAGACUAUAGCAACUCGUCCACGCCAGGAGACUAUAGCAACUCGUCCACGCCAGGAGACUAUGGCAACUCGUCCACGCCAGGAGACUAUAGCAACUCGUCCACGCCAGGAGACUAUGGCAACUCGUCCACGCCAGGAGACUAUGGCAACUCAACCACGCCAGGAGACUAUAGCAACUCGUCCACGCCAGGAGACUAUAGCAACUCGUCCACGCCAGGAGACUAUGGCAACUCGACCACGCCAGAAGACUAUAGCAACUCGACCACGCCAGGAGACUAUAGCAACUCGUCCACGCCAGGAGACUAUAGCAACUCGACCACGCCAGAAGACUAUAGCAACUCGUCCACGCCAGGAGACUAUGGCAGCUCGUCCACGCCAGGAGACUAUGGCAACUCGUCCACGCCAGGAGACUAUGGCAGCUCGUCCACGCCAGGAGACUAUGGCAACUCGUCCACGCCAGGAGACUAUGGCAGCUCGUACACGCCAGGAGACUAUAGCAGUUCUUCCACGCCAGGAGACUAUAGCAACUCGUCCACGCCAGGAGACUAUGACUAUAGCAACUCGUCCACGCCAGGAGACUAUAGCAGCUCAUCCACACCAGAAGACUAUAGCAACUCGUCCACGCCAGGAGACUAUAGCAGCUCGUCCACGCCAGAAGACUAUAGCAACUCGUCCACACCAGGAGACUAUGGCAGUUCGUCCACGCCAGGAGACUAUAGCAACUCGUCCACGCCAGGAGACUAUGGCAGUUCGUCCACGCCAGGAGACUAUAGCAACUCGUCCACGCCAGGAGACUAUGGCAGCUCGUCCACACCAGGAGACUAUGGCAGCUCGUCCACACCAGGAGACUAUGGCAGCUCGUCCACGCCAGAAGACUAUAGCAACUCGUCCACACCAGAAGACUAUAGCAACUCGUCCACGCCAGGAGACUAUGGCAGCUCGUCCACACCAGGAGACUAUGGCAGCUCGUCCACGCCAGGAGACUAUAGCAACUCGUCCACGCCAGAAGACUAUGGCAGCUCGUCCACGCCAGAAGACUAUGGCAGCUCGUCCACGCCAGGAGACUAUGGCAGCUCGUCCACGCCAGGAGACUAUGGCAGCUCGUCCACGCCAGAAGACUAUAGCAACUCGUCCACGCCAGAAGACUAUCACAGCUCGUCCACGCCAGGAGACUAUGGCAGCUCGUCCACGCCAGGAGACUAUAGCAACUCGUCCACGCCAGGAGACUAUAGCAACUCGUCCACGCCAGGAGACUAUGGCCACUCGUCCACGCCAGAAAACUAUCACAGCUCGUCCACGCCAGAAGACUAUGGCAGCUCGACCACGCCAGAAGACUAUAGCAACUCGUCCACGCCAGGAGACUAUAGCAACUCGUCCACGCCAGGAGACUAUGGCCACUCGUCCACGCCAGAAAACUAUCACAGCUCGUCCACGCCAGGAAACUAUCACAGAGACUAUAGCAACUCGUCCACGCCAGGAGACUAUAGCAACUCGUCCACGCCAGGAGACUAUAGCAACUCGUCCACGCCAGAAGACUAUCACAGCUCGUCCACGCCAGGAGACUAUGGCAGCUCGUCCACGCCAGGAGACUAUGGCAGCUCGUCCACGCCAGAAGACUAUAGCAACUCGUCCACGCCAGAAGACUAUCACAGCUCGUCCACGCCAGGAGACUAUGGCAGCUCGUCCACGCCAGAAGACUAUGGCAGCUCGACCACGCCAGGAGACUAUGGCAGCUCGUCCACGCCAGGAGACUAUGGCAGCUCGUCCACGCCAGGAGACUAUGGCAGCUCGUCCACGCCAGAAGACUAUAGCAACUCGUCCACGCCAGGAGACUAUGGCAGCUCGUCCACGCCAGGAGACUAUGGCAGCUCGUACACGCCAGGAGACUAUGGCAACUCGUCCACGCCAGGAGACUAUGGCAGCUCGUCCACGCCAGGAGACUAUAGCAGCUCGUCCACGCCAGGAGACUAUGGCAGCUCGUCCACGCCAGGAGACUAUGGCAACUCGUCCACGCCAGGAGACUAUGGCAGCUCGUACACGCCAGGAGACUAUGGCAGCUCGUCCACACCAGGAGACUAUGGCAGCUCGUCCACACCAGGAGACUAUGGCAGCUCGUCCACGCCAGAAGACUAUGGCAGCUCGUCCACGCCAGAAGACUAUGGCAGCUUGUCCACACCAGGAGACUAUGGCAGCUCGUCCACGCCAGAAGACUAUGGCAGCUCGUCCACGCCAGAAGACUAUGGCAGCUCGUCCACGCCAGGAGACUAUGGCAGCUCGUCCACGCCAGGAGACUAUGGCAGCUCGUCCACACCAGGAGACUAUGGCAGCUCGUCCACACCAGGAGACUAUGGCAGCUCGUCCACACCAGGAGACUAUAGCAGCUCGUCCACGCCAGGAGACUAUGGCAGCUCGUCCACGCCAGGAGACUAUGGCAGCUCGUCCACACCAGGAGACUAUGGCAGCUCGUGA